GCAUUGGUAUGCCAGGCUCAAAACCUAGCAUGGCCGUGAAGAAGAAGCAGAGUGCCAUCCCACCAUCCCAGGGACCACUUUCUACACGUACCAUCCAGAGCCAAAGAGGGGGGAACCGGGCUGAAAGCAAGGCAGAAAAUGGCUCUGGGGGUAAAGCAGAUUUGCAGGUAAAGAAAGCAGCCUGCAUUGGACUGAAGAUCUGCAACACUCAGCGGGCUGCUACAGUGUCUAAUGGGCCAAAUGUUGAUGAAAGGCUGAAAGCAGCACGACAAAGAAGAGAAGAACACCAGAAGUUACAAGCUUCACGGGAAUCAACCAGGUUGGAGCGAGAGCAGCGGGCCAGGCGUUACUAUGAACAACAGCUGCAGGAGCGCAAGAAGAAACUCACGGAGCAGCGGCUCAAGGAGGAGCGGAGGCGAGCUGCCGUGGAGGAGAAGCGCCAGCAGAGGCUCAAAGAGGAGAAGGAGAGACAUGAAUCUGCAGUUCGCAGGACGCUGGAGAAAAGCCAAAGAGCCCAACAGAACCUCAGUCAACACGGAAGAGGAAGGAAGCUCACCAAGAACACUCCACGCCGCGCGCCACUGACAGCAUGGGAGAGGGACCUGAUCAGUCGCCUGCUUACCCCCACAUGCUCCUUUCUGGCCAGGAGCAAGAGUGCUGCUUGUCAGUCAGGAGAAGAAGCUGUCCAUGUUUGUCGUCGUGCAGUUUCAUUCCAUUCCAUGAAUACCACCACUGCCAUGACUUCCCCUCAUAAACCUCAGCAGCACGCUGGUUCAGUCUACUACAGGUCAUCUGCCUCACCCAGCCCUAACAACAGAAGCACCAAUAUGACACAGAUCAAAGCUGUUAGAAAGCAGGAUAUUAACAGGAAGACUUCAAACUGCAGCUCAGCUGCCAUCAACAACAGUGUGAGACCAGCCACAGUUACACAGAGCAGAACAGCCUCCCCCUCUCCAGAACGGACCCCCCGAAGAUCAAUCAGCAGACAUUCAACCCCACUGCAACUGGAGCUCCCGUCAGUGCCCGAGGAAGAUGUUGCUGUGUGUAGUUCUGCCCUUGCUGCUGGUAAUUCAAGGCCUGUCAGGACAUCAGCUGAAGGUCAGCAGAAUAAAAUGAAUGGUGAAAACCUGCCUGACACUGAGACAGGAGUUAUAACAAGAACAGCGGGAGAUGGAAGCCCUUCCCUGACGCCUCACCAUCCAGCUCCACAGCCUCCUGAGGUCGCAUGCAGGCCUUCAGCAGGGACUACAGAUCCAGAGGAGGCCUCCCGUCUCCUGGCCGAAAAGAGGAGAGAGGCUCGACUACAGCGGGAGAGGGAGGAGCAGGAGCGUCUGCAGAAAGAAGAGGCAGAGAGGAGGAGUCGCGAAGAACUGGAGCGCAAGCAGGCGGAGGAACGUGCUUCGCAACAAGCAGAGGCUCAACGUCUGAUUGAGGAGAAGAAAAGAAGGGAGGAAGAGGAGAAGAGACGAGCUGAAGAAGAAAGAGCUCAGGCCAUGCGCGAAGCUGCCCUGCUGCAGAAACAGAGAGAGGAGGAACAGGCCAAAGAGAAGGCAAAAGCAGAGCAGAUCAAACAAGAGCGAGAAAUCCUUGCACAGAAAGAGGAAGUAGAACGGCAAGCAAGAAAAAAGCGACUUGAGGAGAUCAUGCGGAGAACCAGAAGAACAGAUUCUCCAGAUAUGAAUCCAGGACCCGCGAGGUUGGUGCCAAACGACGCCCAGCCAAAGGAAAACACAGAGCCUGUGCAAAAUGGCAGCGCAGACGGUGACGUCAAAGUGCCGGUGGGGACCAAGUCCUCGCAGCUGAGGCUGAGCAACGAGGAGGACAUGAUUCCUAUUGUGGCCUUCAAGGAACGUAGGUCUCUCAGAACACUCACUGGCCUGGAGGAAAUCCAGACGCAUCAACGAGCAGAGGUCAUAUGAGCACCUUCAAAGUCGACGGAAGACUUUCCCUGAACGCUGCGAUUUCUCUAUGAAACACAGGUGAUACUAGAGCACAGCCACCUCGCUGCCCUGCGCCGUCGCUAAAGAGCAUGUACAGUUACAGCGCUGACUCACCAAGGACAUCAGCAUUCGGUCACUCCUCUGUGUAACCCGUGGUACAAGUUCUGGGCAAGUUGCAUAAUUUAUUAAGUACAGCUGGUUUCUAUAAUAAUGACUAUCCUAAAAUAGUAGCUGUAGACAUUGGUAAUGGUAGUGCCAUUUAAUAGUUAUCAAGUGUUGCCUUUGUAAAAUACUAGGAAUAGCCUCCGACUAUCACAACGUAUACUGGCCAUAUGCGCUGCUUAUUCCUAAUAUUUCUGUCCACGUUACCUUCCUCAGUCUCGUCACUGUGGAAUCAUAAUAGCUCAGCGACAAUAGCUCGGGUUGCUUUCGCGCUAAAAAUGUUAGUGAGUAUUCACCUAAUGUAAAACCUAUUCUUGUCUUUGCCCUCUGAUUUUGUGAAGUAUAGCAAUCACAUACAGUAUUUCAAAGCUGCUAAGGAACUUAGUGUCCAAAGACUUUGCUUCAGUUUUUGUGAGUGAUGUUUUAAGAAAAAAUACAAUGCACAAAGCAUAUAUUGCACUGGAGAUGGCUUGUUUGGUAUUGCACACUUUCCAAAUCAAAGCUUGAAGCGUAGAGGUUCAGUUAGUUUAUUAUGAUAAAAGCAUAUAAAAACAGAUGUAUCAGAUAUUACUGCUCAUAAAUGUAACCUGUUAAAGCUAUUAAGGUUGAAAUCUCUGCCAUAUUUGAUUAAAAUUAAUAUUAUACUGA